CUGCCCCGGCGGGAGGUGAGCGAGGCCGCCGAGGAGGGAGCGCCUGUGCGGCCGGGCUCUGCGGGUCGGCCGUGCCGCGGGAAGAGGGGUGGAGCUUCAGCUCCGCGCACUUGGUCCCGCAUGCUGCUGUCUGUGCCGCCGCUGCUCCGCCCGCCUCUCCACCGCGUCUGUGCCUUGGGCCGCCCGCCCGUACGCGCCCUCAUGAACCUCCGGGAGCUCGUUUCUGCUCUGAAUGACUUCGCAUCCCCCGCUCUGGCUGAAAGCUGGGACAAUGUGGGAUUGCUGGUGGAACCAAGUCCUCCCCACACUGUGAACACCCUUUUCCUCACUAACGACCUCACUGAGGAGGUGAUGGAAGAGGCAGUGCAGAGGAAAGCAGACCUCGUUCUUUCUUACCACCCUCCUAUAUUCGCACCACUCAAGCGAAUAACGUGGAAAACCUGGAAGGAACGGCUGGUGGUCCGAGCCUUGGAGAACAGAAUCGGGAUUUAUUCUCCACAUACGGCGUACGAUGCCAUACCUCACGGAGUUAAUAACUGGCUAACAAAGGGACUCGGCACCUGUACUUCUGUCCCACUGCAUCCAUCAACUGCACCAAGCUCUCCAGCUGAGGGCACUCACCGGGUAGAAUUCUGUGCAGAUGCUGAGCAUCUGGAUGCAGUGCUGUCCAAAAUCAAAGACAUGCCAGAGAUCUCUUGUCUCACUACUCUCCCAGCCAGGGUUGAAGGUCAGGAGCAAACACGAGUCAGUCUCAGCUGCUCUCAGAAAGCACUGCUGGAGGUGGUGGCAUUAUUGUCCCAGAACAGCCUUCUUUAUCACAAGACCGAGAUUCUCUUACUACAGAAGCCUCUUCUUCCCCAUACUGGAAUGGGACGCCUGUGCACCCUGAGCGAGCCAGUCUCCUUGUCAGACAUAAUUGAGCGUGUCAAAGGCCACCUGCAGCUCCCCCACGUCCGCGUAGCCGUGGGAGCUGGCAGGACACUCGAAUCACCACUGAAGAAAGUUGCUCUGUGUGCUGGUUCCGGGAGCAGUGUACUGAAGGGAACAGAAGCUGACCUCUAUCUCACAGGAGAGAUGUCCCACCAUGAUGUGCUGGAUGCAGUUGCCAAUGGGAUAAGUGUUAUUCUGUGUGAGCACAGUAACACUGAGCGAGGAUUCCUGUCAGAGCUGCGUGACGCACUUGCCAUCCACCUACAGAACAAAAUCAACAUCAUUGUGGCUGAGAAAGACAGAGAUCCUCUGCAAGUGGCAUAGGGGGGAAAGAUUGGAGAAAGAGAGAAAAUUCAGUAGUGUUAUCUUGCACAGACCUAUCAAUUGCAGAGCUUAAUGAAGGUGCUUUCAAUUGGUCCAGUACAGAAUGUUAUGGUCCCUCAAAGUCUGGGGUAUAUUCUGUCAUGUCAGAAAAAUAAAGGUUUGUUUUGGAAUACCAACGGUAUAUUUACUUGAUUAGUGGACUGUACUUGAAUAAAUUUACUGUUACUGUUUAAUGUUAUUAGAUACAGUUGAUAACCAUGAUACUCAAGGAUUGGUUUGGGUAAAAUAUAUAAAACCUGACUUCCCUCCAGUUCAAGCUUAUGCAGCAGUUCUACCCUAGUACAGUUAUGUCAAAUCAUGUCAGCAAGCCAUUGAUAUUUUACCUAAUAAAUUUCAGAAAUAGUAGUUAAUGAAAGGAUGGAGAUGAACUGUUUGCAUUAACAGUUGUACCAAGACACUACUCAGAUGUAAAUAAAUACAGAACACAAAGCAA